CACAACCAAAAAAAAAAAAAAAAAUUCGAUGGUGCCCAUGAUUAUUUUGAAUUUGCGGUGUGUUAAAUAACAUUAAAUAAUACUUGAACGUCAUGAGCAUAUUUUGUUUUUUGUUAAAACACAACUCAAAUGUUCGCAUAGUUGAUAGAAUAAAUAUAAAUUAAGAAUUUAGAGGUUGUUUUCGUAGCUAAUGUUAUUUCGUACGUCAAGAGAAAAACAGUGAGUUUUCGCAAUGAUUAUUACAUCUAACAAAACUAACAUUUUUUUCUUUGCAUUUUGAAAUUAAUUUCGCUUCACCAUGUAACCUUUACGUCAGUGUACUGCGAAUUACAAUGAAAUAUUAAUGAAUUUAAGAAGAUGGGACUGCGGAGCUAUUCCCCUUUUCAAAAGUUGUUUAUGGCAUCAACAAUGGGACUUAUAGUGGUGUGUUGCUGCUAUGUUAUGAUAUAUUCCAGUGACUUGACUUUGUUUUGGAAAGUUCAACUAAGUGCACUGAAGCCUAACGCACAGUUUAACAAAGAAAAUUAUAAAACAAUUCUUCUGUGGAACAGUUUUUUCUCUGCAAAACAUUUUGGGUUUGGUGUAGGCCAUGAUCCAUUUAUUACACGAAAUUGCCCAAUUUCAAACUGCACUAUCGUUGAUCAUACUGAUGGGUACCUUCCCAUUCCUGUUGAAGAUUACGAUAUAAUUUUAUUCCACAUGGGUGAAUCAUCGACCUUGGACAUCCCAAUACAAAGAAAAGUUAACCAGCGGUAUAUUUACUUUAAUUUAGAGUCUCCAAUGAAUACAAAAGUUGUUCACAAACUAGAUCUUUAUAAUGUUAUUUAUUUCAACUGGACAAUGACUUAUAGAAGAACUUCAGAUAUUUUUUUCCCAUAUGGCUGGGUUGCACCUAUUUCAGAUGCGAGAAAAGUUUUAGUGAUGCCCACCGAUAACCCCCAAAAAUGGAUUACUCCAAAUUAUAGUUUAAGCAGUGCAGAUCAUAGUUUGGAUGUACUCUUGGGCAGAAAGUCUAAGUUAGUUGCAUGGUUUGUAUCAAACUGUAACUCACAAAGUGAAAGGUUCCGUUAUGUUGAAGCACUAUCAAAAUUUGUUCCAGUUGAUAUUUAUGGUCGCUGUGGAAAACUUAAAUGUCCGAGAGAAAGUAGCAGAUGUGAUGAAAUGCUUGAUACAACGUACAAAUUUUAUUUAUCAUUUGAAAAUUCUUUGUGUAUAGACUAUGUUACAGAGAAAUUUUUUAGGGCAUUAAAACAUUAUGUUAUACCCAUAGUUUAUGGUGGCUGCAAUUAUAGCUUGAUAGCACCUCCAAAUUCAUAUAUUGAUGUAUUUACAUUCACUUCUCAAAAGGAACUUGCUGCUUAUAUAAUGUAUUUGGAUAAAAAUCCACAAGAAUACAAGAAGUAUUUUUGGUGGAAGUAUUUCUACACUAUAAUGGAUAACCAUAAAUACAUUUUGUGUCAGCUCUGCCAAAUGGUAAAUAAUGCUAGUUUACCUUCCAAGACUUACAAAGAUAUAAGCAUGUGGUGGUCUUCAAGUAUGUGUCACAAACCACAAGAAAAAUACUAUUUGUAAGCUUUUGUACAAAAUUUUUUAACAUGUCAAUUAUCUUUGAAAGGUGUAGUUUUUUCAUCAAUAAACUGUACAUAAUAAAGUAGUUUUCCAUAUUUAUAUGAAAAUAAUCUUGUCUAGUUUUGUAUAUCUUUACAACUUUAUUAAAAAAAAAACUAAAUGUACGUUAAUGUUGAUCAUCUGAAACCGCACAAUAUUGUUGUUAGAUUGUAUCUGUUACAUAAUUUAUAUUUUGUUAUUUUAAAUAAAUAUUUCAACUGAGGAUGAAUAGCCUGAGAAACAGGCACCACUUUUUUUCUAUUUUUAUUGCAUGUACUUUACUGCUAAAUACAUUUUUAUUUCUUGAUAAAAAUGUUGAUAUUAAAGUUUAAUUGGUACUUAAAGGACUCUGGUUGAGAGUACAGAACAUGUUUUUAACUUUUUAGUGUGUGUGUUGACAAAAAUAUUUUGCAAGGCAAGAACCAAGAAAAGUGCUUCGAACUUAAUAGUGCCUAAAGCUGAAAUGUGUUCAUAAAUUCCAUGGAAAAUAUGUUUUUCUAUGCCCACAAUUUAUAACUGCUUUAAUAAAUAAUAUGAAACUAAUGAUAAUUUUUAUAACACUUGUUAAUAAUGUUUUAAAUUGUGUGUUCUCUAAAAUUGUGAUGAGUAGCAAAAAUUUACUUAUACAUCGAUAGUAUAAGAUAUGAAGUGGUACUAGCUGUUCAUGAUGGUAAAGAGUUGUAAAAAGCACUUUGAAACUGUAAACAUUAUGCAUAAAGCUCAUUGGGGUAGCCUAUAUCGUCAGUCCGAAAGAACAGUGACAUAAGUCAAAAAAGUAAGGUUUUCAGGAGAUGCAAUUAAAAAAAUUGGACUAAAUUCAGACAUGUUUUGCUCAGAAUUUUGAAACUGUAGGUGUUUAUUAACAGCAGCUGUUAUGAAGUUUUUAUCUCUUACUUAGUUCACUGUCUGAUUUUUUCAAAACAUCUGUAAAGAUAUUUUUAAAAUCAAAUUUAAAAUGUUUUAUUUGAUUUAUAACACUGUUCUUGCAAAAAGUAUUGUUCAGUUUUUGUGUUAGGUGUGCAUGCAAAAUAAAAUUAUCUUGUCACAGACAAAUUUUUUUCUGGAAACUAAAUAGCUUUAGUAUAUUUUGAACUAUUAUAAACUGUAAAUUCUGAUUGUAGACAAAUAAUUAU